UGGACGGCCGCGCGCCCAGGGGGCAAUGGCGGCCUCUGCAGACUGAACCCUCGCACCCGGAGUGUCCCGCGGCAUCUCCAUGAUCCAGAUCGGUUGCCGACUGUGGAACCUGAGCAUCGUGAGCGUGCUGGUGCUGACCUUCUCCAACAUCCUGCUGACGAUACGGCUGCUGCACUCCUCCGACUGUCGCCGCCAGGACACGUCUCCCCCGGAGCCCCCUCGCCACGAGCAGUCCUUCCCGGGCACGCAGCAGCCCUGCCGGAGCGCCCCCGCCGACCCCGCCAGGAGCAAUGCCACCUUCCAGGUUAACCUGAAGCUGGGCCGCUGGGACUCGCGCCACAUCUUCAAGGACUUCGACUUCGCGGUGGUGGGCGAGCACUUCGCGGCGCUGUCGGCGCGCCACGCGGUGUGCCUGGCCACGCAGGCCUCGCUCGAGCGCAUGGGCUCGCUGGUCGAGGUGGCGCACCGCUGGGAGGGCCCGCUGUCCGCUGCUUUGUUCGCCGCCGCCGACGAGUACGCGCUCGUCGAGGCGUACGUGGCGUUCGCGCGCCGCUGCUACGCGGCGGUGCGCGAGCGGGUCAGCUUCCACCUGGUGUACCCGGGCGACCGGCCGCCCCCGGUAGAAAGGGGGGGCGGCGCGGAGGCGGCGGCGGCGCGCCUCGACUGCCGCCGCCCGGAGGCGGCGCUGCAGGAGCUGCUGCGCGCGCGCCGCCCCGAGACCGCGCGCUGGAGGAUGCGCGCCGCCUACCCGCAGAACCACAUGCGCAACGUGGCGCGCCGCAACUGCCAGGGCUCGCACGUGUUCCUCACCGACGUGGACAUCAUCCCAAGCUCCGGCCUAGCCGCCGGCCUGGACGCCUUCGUGCGCGCGCACCGCUGCCGCGACAAGUGCGCCUACGUCAUACCCACGUACGAGCUGGACGAGCGGGUGCGCUUCCCGCACAACAAGACCGAGCUCAUCCGGCUGGCGAAGAAGGGCCUCGCGCGCCCCUUCCACCACAAAGUGUUCAUCUUCAACCAGUUCGCCACCAACUUCUCCAGGUGGGAGCAAAACGCAGAGACUGAAGAGACGACUGUGCACAUCAGCCACAGUGUGACCAACUUCGAGUUCUUGUACGAGCCGUUCUACGUGGCGCCGGACAUCGUGCCCGCCCACGACGAGCGGUUCAUCGGGUACGGCUACACGCGGAACACGCAGGUGUACGAGAUGUUCGUGGCGGGCUGGCAGUUCCACGUGCUGUCGCCGGUGUUCACGUGCCACUGGGGGCUGCAGAACAAGAAGGGCCGGCCGUCGUGGCGCGAGCGCCAGAACAGCAUGAACCGCCGCCACUUCGAGGUGUUCAAGGCCGAGGUGUUCGCGCGCUACCGCAAGGACCCGCUCAAGAUGGUGUCGUCCAAGACGCGGUAGUCGCGGCGGUCGCCGCCGCGGAGCGCUCGGGUCGCGCCUCGAGACAGUAAACGUAGCAGCGCAUACAUUCAACAAACACAAACCAAGUCCUCGGGCACAUGGUUAGCAUAGGAUUAUUUGAUCAAAUCAUAAAGUAAUGAUAUAAUACAGACCGAGUAUGCGCAAGAGACAAAUGUUUGUCUCUUUUUACAAAAAACGUCGCUAAGGAAUGUGUGUACCAAUUUACUUUUUUUUAUUUAAUGAUAAAAUAACAAACAAUUGCAUGUGUUCUUAUGUGCGCUAAUAAGAAGUUAUCCUUUUUUGAUUAAUUACAUUAAACUAUGUUUUAGUUAAUAGUUACAAAAUUAUCCCAAUUGUAACAUAACAUUUCUAACAAAAAAUAUCUUACAUUUAAAUGGAUAUAUAUUUUAUUCAUACUAUCUAAUAAAUUAAAUUAAAUCAUUCAUACUAUCUAAUAAGUACUACUGUCAAAAUUAGUUGUCGUGUAGAUUGAUACGUUAAUUUGUUUACAAAUAAUACAAUCGGUUCAAACUGUAGACUGCGAAGAAGUUGUUAGACACUGAAAAUAUUAAAAUUAACCAGUAAUGCAAUAUAAAAUAUUAACUACGUUGAUACCUCAUCGGCAUACUACCGGCUGCGUCCACAAUGACUCACGAUACAGGUUAUUUGCAGCUUGAACGCGCGGUCGAAUUCCAUAUUUAGUUUAUUGUUAAAAUCCAUUAACAUCUUUUGUGAAAAAUAUGCGUUCAUAUUUUUAGUAAACAUGUGUACCAUUAGUGUGAAUUCAAAAUCUGAGUAUUUUUGAAAACUGUUAAAGCCAACAACUGCAAAUAAUUCUACUGUAUAUUAGUCUCUGUUACUUUUGUUUUGACUGAACAAUUUAUUAGGAACGAUCUUGAAAUAUUUGAAUUGUCUUGAAGGAAAGCAAAAAAAAAAAAAGUAAUUUAAAAUUAUGUGGCGAGAAAUGAAGAGAAGCAGUAACGCUACCCCUUAAAAUAAUUUAAACCAAUUUACAAUGAAGUCCAGACUUACUCAAAUAGUUUUUUUCCCUUAAAGUAUUUAUUUUUUAUUGAGUAAAAUAAAUUUUCAUAUACAUUUACUUGCACGAGUGCCUAUUUUAAGUUUUGGAUGUAAUUAAUUUUCCUUUCAACUUGCUGUUAUUUGAUCGGGGAAAUACAUUUUUGGAAUUUUUGCGAAAAUUGUUCAAUUAAUUUAAAUGUAUGAUAAUUUUCACAACAGUGUCUUAUGUAUUAUUACAGAGAACUGUAAGCUGGAGUUUAUAAACAACGCAACUUAAGGACACAACAAGUAACUAACGGAAGAAAAUAACGAAAGUCGCAAGACGACAUCAAACCUACAAUUUGAAAUUGUAAAAAGUAGAAAUCCAAUAUCUUCUCUAGUCUUCUUUUGAUAAUUCAUGUUUAUAAUGAAGCAUGUGAAACUAGAUUUAAAAUCGUUACUUGCUAUUACUGUGCGAAAGGUAAAGAAGAGAAAACGUGAUGCAUAUAAUACAAAGAACAUCGUAUCAUUCUAUAAACAUAACCUCUGUGACUAUUUUUCGGAAUACGUCACUUCAAAUAUAGUAGGAGUAAACGCAAGUCAAAAACGCAAGAAUUUUAAGUUUUGCCAAUGCUCACACUGUGUGUUUGCUUUCUUGCACAAUUUAUAUAAAAGUUAUUAAAAAUCCGGUAACUUAUUUUUCUUAGUUUCGCGCUUCAAGUGUUUUUGCAUUUAUUGCGUAAUUUAUAAACUUGGUCUUAGAGUACAAAUAAAUUCACGCAGUUAAUAAUGGCAAAUUAAUUUUUAACGUGCUUUCAAGUACACGCGCACUCACGAAGCACCGUCUACCAAAAAAUCUGGACCACUCUGCUUCCCGAGUCGGAGAACUCAUCAACAUGCCUGCUUCGUUUCCUCCCUGGUAGUUUUAUAAAUUAUCUAGAAAAUGGGGAGGAAAAGCAGCAUUUCUGAGCUCAUUUCGGGAAGCAUAGUAGUACAGACGUGCAACAGUAAGCAUUUAAUUAGUGCGCACACAUGGGGGAGUGGAAUCUUUGCUUCGUUCAUGCACAAGCAAUGGAAGUAUGCGCUGCUGCAUUUACUGUCUUGUGGAGUAAGUGGUAAGAGGUCACGUGCUAUCAGUGCAGAACUAAUUCAGUUUGCGAAUAUACCUACCAAAAACACUCAUCAUGAAAUACUUAGUGAGAAUUUCUUAGGUUACGAAAUGUAUUUUCUGAGUUUAAAGGAAAAACUUGCAUUUUUGGCCUCACUGGAAAUUUGGUUGCGCCAAUUAAAAAUUUUAUUUCUAAAAUUUUUCGCAACAAAGCUUAUAUCUGUUCGUUGAAAUAUCAAAAGUUAAUAAAUGCAAAGUUUAUAAUUCUGACAGUUCUAUUGACAAUUCGUUAGCCGACAUCGUACACAUGCGCAGAUCCAAAAAUCAAUCUACCCACAUGCAUUUUAUGAUUUGAAAAAUCUAAACUUAACAGUUAGCAUAAUUUCACGUAGAGGACAGAAUCCGCAAUCUUGGAGUAUUAUUGCGUUUCUGCCAUUUAAAGUUUUAAAGUUGUUUGUCAUUUGUGAUUUGAUAAGGCACAGUGAAAAUCUUAGGACGUGUUCGAUUAGUGAAACUCUUAAACAUUUUGCUACUAUUAUCAGCUUCGAUGUUGUCUGAACGUAUGAGAAGUAAAGGUGAACCAAGGCGCCCGUGGUCGUUGAGAUGGUAACAUUGGCAUCCAGGUAAAAACGUGUCAAAGUGUAGGAGCUAACUGUCGUUUUGCUGAGCCUUUCUUAAAAAACUUUUAGUAACAACUUGUUUAGUAGAACUUCUUUUAAAAGGAAUUAAAUAUGGUUAUAUUAUAAAUUUAUUAAAAAUCAUGUUUGAAAACACAAAACAUUUUUAUAAAAAUAAUUUAGGAUACAACCCCUUUAAGGGCUAGCCCUCGAACAAUCCAUUCCCAUAUCUUCACCCCUCAUCCAUCUCUAUGGCUCUAUGGUAGGAUUAAGAGGUAUCGCAACUCACCUAGUACUGAAAAAGAAAACCUUUUAAAUACGUAACGAUUAUUUUUUUAUGUUAUUAAAAUCUCUGCUCGAGCUAAAGGAAUUCCUAAACAAUGAUAAACACACAUUUUAAACCUAAGAAAUCCUCAGUUCUAUACAAUGAUUGAUGAAUUCAUAUGGUAUUACGUAUAUGUGUUGUAGUCUUCGAACUAAACGCGUAAUUCGAGAUGAUUGUUUCCUUUAAUAUAAUUUUACUUAGCUAUACGACUAGUAAACAUAUAUAAUUUGUGAAAUUUUCGAGGAAAUGUGUUAGUUUGAUCGUAUGCUGUUGUUGAAUAAUUGUCGAGUCACAGUAAGCGAGUUAUAACUGAAGUCGUACCUGUCAGUAACGUCAGUAUUAAUUUGUGUUACUUUAGGGGCUUCUAUAUGGUGUGUUUUAUGUGUAUAUCAAGAAGUAAGGUGCAGUUAUUUUAAAACAAACAUGCAAUUAAAAAGUCUUUUAAUGGGAACACUGUAGCACCAAAACAUGACAUGUUAAAAUAAAGCAUAAACUUAUUUAAA